AUGGGCUACUAUGGAGGCCUGGGUCCUAUGACCAACGCGGUCCUCUGGGUGGAGGUUAUUAUCUUCGCUUUCUUUGUGGGGCUCAGACUUUAUACACGAAAGUUCAUCUUGAGCGCCAUUGGGCUUGACGACUACUUAGUUGUGGUCGCACUGGUUCUCCAUAUACUUUACACUGCCUUCGUUUCCGCGGCGAGCGUCUAUGGCUUGGGACGAUUGUUUGCCGAAGUCGGUGAUCCAGUCAUAUAUUUUACCGCUGUUAAAUAUGAGCUCUUCAGUCAGGUUGCUGGUAUUAUGGUCAUCGGGGUGGGAAAGAGUGCUGUUGGUGUGUUUUUGCUUCGGAUUGUCCGAAACAAAUUCCAAAUCUGGAUUAUCUGGGGUUGCCUCGCGAUCACUGCUAUCAUCACUCUCUUCGCCAGUAUCACUGUCAUAGUUCAGUGUAUCCCCGUCGAGAAAUCUUGGAACCCCACUACCCCGGGACAUUGCUGGAUUGACUUCUCCAAAGUUGGCUACACUGUUGGGUCAUGGUUCGUCGCCGCCGACUUCGCCUUCGCAAUCCUGCCAUGGUUUGUUGUUUGGGAUCUCAACAUGAAGCAGAAAGAGAAGAUCACCGUUGCUUGCGGUCUUAGUCUUGGAAUCUUUGCCGGUAUUUGUGGCAUUAUCCGCACCAAGGCUCUGGCAGGCUUGAAUGCCUCAGAAUAUAUAUACGACACUGUGCCAAUGCUUAUCUGGUCCGCCACCGAAAGCUGCGUUACCAUCAUGUGUUCGACGAUCCCCGUUCUACGCCCUCUUUACGUUCGCAUCAAAUAUGGCAAAGAUGGCAAGAGCAGCUCUUCCUCUGGCAACACAUCCUACAAAAUGCCAAUGUACGGCACAAAUCGAAAAUGGGGCAAGUUCUCCAAAUCCGACGUCGAAUCUUCCGCCGAGCCAGACGAAAUCUCUUACCAAACAAGUGUCAUGAAGCAUGGUCCCAGGAACUCUAGUGACGAGAACAUUCUGCGUGGCGCUGCUGGCAUUGAGCGAACCGAUGAAAUUUCAGUCAGUUACGAACAAUAUUCGACGAAGAAUUAG